UUCACACCUCAGACCUCUCCCAACCUUGGAAACAAAAGAUAUGUUAAUGACCAAUUCACACCUCAGACCUCUCCCAACCUUGGAAACAAAAGAUAUGUUAAUGACCAAUUCACACCUCAGACCUCUCCCAACCUUGGAAGCAAAAGAUAUGUUAAUGACCAAUUCACACCUCAGACCUCUCCCACCCUUGGAAACAAAAGAUAUGUUAAUGACCAUUCACACCUCAGACCUCUCCUACCCUUGGAAACAAAAGAUAUGUUAAUGACCAUUCACACCUCAGUCCUCUCCCACCCUUGGAAACAAAAAGAUAUGUUAAUGACUAUUCCCACCUAAAAUUCCUCAUGAAGACCCCCUGCCAUUUGACCUUAAUGACUCCCUCCACCAGACACCUUUCCCACCAUUGGAAACCAAAG